CACGCUGCCGGUCAACGGACAUGGAUCUCUUCGAAAGUAUAGGAACUCUUACCUUUCUCAUUCUUCCGAUCGAUCAUCUUCUUAUGAAUCGAUCGAUAAUUCCGUUCGACUUCUUGUCUCGAUUAAAGUGGAUACCGGAAGAGGGAUAAUCUUGCCGAUAAUUCGAACGUAUGACGGUUAAAAUUGCGGGACGAUUUGAAUUCGUUGGCAGUGCAUGGGACGCGAUGAAAUUAUUGUGCAUUUGGUACAGGACCUGUGACGCGAUGAAUGCACGUCGAUCAUCGCUGAGAGCGCUAUGUGAUCUCUCGAAUCGUUUAAUCGAGGUUCAAGGUUUCAGUUCAAGGAUUUCUGCGAACGAACAGAUAUGAAAUGGAUAACUAAUACGGAUAUGUUUGACUGUGACUGAGGUUAGAAUGAAAAUAACGUGGAAUUUGUGGAAGUUGAACAGAUUGAUUACAAAUUGAUAGUGUGUGAUAUUCAAGAUGAAUUGAAUGGAUUAUGAGAUUAUUAUAAAGCGCAAAAUUUAAUUCUAAUAGAAUUAAAUUUUCAGCGAUCAAGAGUCCAUUAUUCUCUCCGCCAUGAUCUCCGUUCCAAGAAAUAUCGGGGUCGCAUUAGGUCAAGCGCAAGGGGUCCAUAGUCGAAGUGGAAGCCUCUGAUGCACAAUUUCCCAUCACCACAUCUCCUGAUCGUGCACAACCCAACCCGCUCCAAUUCCCACAUACUCCCUCCAUACUCGUUAAAAACGUUAUCUAAAGCACACUGAGGCGGUGUUCUCCAACCAUCGGGGGCGGUCGCAAUGAUGUGGUUGUGGCAUAGCCACGAGACCAACGAGAGAAACCCGACAGAGACAUGAACGGACAAGAUCAAUGAACACUUCUCUCUGUCUUUCUCUCUUGUACAUACACACAUAUAUACAUAUAUACCCGAUGCAAUGAAGAAUGACGAAGUGGUUGGUAACAUAGACAGAGAAAAGGUAAAGAAAAGAAAGAAAAAGAAAGGAAGAAGUAAAAGAAGAGUAGGAGAAGAGGGGUGGACAGCAAAUACUCUCUCUCUCUCUCUCUCUCUCUCUUUCUCUCUGUGCAAAGAGAUUAAAAACAGACAGAGACGAAGAGACGAAUCUUGUGCAGAAUGGAAAGGGAGAAAAAGAGAAAGAAAGAGGAAGAAAAACAGGAGGCACAGCAUACCGCGCCCGCAUAAAACGGCUGUCCUCUCAUGGAGCACGUAUGGCAUAGUAGGUGCUACAGGAUUGGUUGGCUUCCAUGUGUGGGGGCGGCCUGACCGGCAACCCGUUGAAAAUAUAAGCGUGUGUGAGUGUCGGUUGAUUAGCCAGAGUCAGAACGGAUCGUCGCUUAGUGCGACAGUGUCUGGUUAGUUAAGCAGCUCUUGUUGUUUCGCGCGAUCAACUCACCCGUUUGUCGAUAGAUAAGAAAAUUGGGGAAACCCGUGACAAUUAUAUAUAUAUAUAUAUAUACAUACAUAUAUGUAUAUACAGAUAUAUUCUUUCAUCUUUCUGGAUUAAUCUUCUUUUUUUUUUCUUCUUCUUUUUUUUUUUUUUUUUUAUCGACACCAGUUUUAGAUAUACUUUAAAGAGAUUGUACUCCAAAGUAUUCGGUUUCGCUGUUACAAUCUGUUCAUGUGUCGACGACACAAUGCUGGUUCGAGCUCGCUUCGUUAGCUCGAACUAAUCAAAAUUAAUCAUAACCCGGGCAACAAUUGAUCGCAAUUGGCUUGGAUUCCAUUACGGAGGACGCGCGAACGUGCGCGCGCCUUUUUGCAUAAUUGGCCAGCCGGAUUGUUGGAGGUCUUGACGAAGAAGAAACCGAGAGAAUCGGUAGCAAUAAUAAAGAGAGCAGGAAGUGAAUGGAAAUUGAAAUCACCGUUGAUCCACGUAAUUUAUUGCAAUCGGGGUAACGACGCGAGAGGACAAGGAAUGAAUUUAAUUGGAAGAAUUUGAAAGAAAGUAAUACUAUUUGCCAGUAAUAAGAAGAAAUAUUCUUUUGGGCUCUUUAAAUUUUAAAACAAAAGAAGGAAGGAAGGAAGGACGAUUGAAGAAAUAUCGAAAGAGAAGAAAUAUGUGAUCAGAAGGAAGAAAAGUUUGUGUCGAUUCGCUGUGAUUCAAGAAAUGAAAUAUUGAAAAUUGAAACUGUUGAAAAAAAAAAAAAAAAGAUACAAAUUAUAUAUCGAAGAUCGAAAGAAAAAGUAUUAUUAUGUAUUUAUUAACGCGAAGAAAAUCUACUUGACUCUAGUGGAACCAUGUGCCUAAAUUAAAAUUCUAAAAAUAGAAGAAUUUGUUGCUUUUUUAAUAUCGGAAGAAUAAUCUAAAAUUAAAGAAUUCUUAGAAGACAAAUUAAUUCUUAAAUUCUAAAAGGAUAUUUCAAUUAAUUAAAAAAAAAAAAAAAAAAAAAAUGGACGGAGGUCCUUUCGACGAUCCGAUCUUCUCUGAUUUCGGCGGCCGGGGAGGUUCCGGGGUUCACAGUAUUCAAGUGAUGCUCGGUCUUCACGGUGGACACCACGGUAGCGAUUUAAUGCCCACUGGAGGCCAUCUUCACAAAUUGGAUUCUUCGAACAGCCCACCGCCUCAUCAUCAAACGUCUCAUCAUCAUCUGCAACAACAACAACAGCAACAACAGAAAGAGCUGAAAGAAUUGGAAUUGGCCGGGAUGUAUGCUCCUCUUCCUCAGACGCAGGAUGUUACCACUUCGACGUCUACCGCCGCGACCCCGACCUCAACGACAUUGCAACAGGGCCUUCAGCUUGGAAAUGCUUUGAAAAGGAAGCCGGAGGAUCCAAUGAAUACUCUUGCUCCAGUUAGUAGCGAACCACAACCAGCUAAGAAAGAUUCCAAGAAAAAAACCGACAACAAUGGAAUCAAAAAGAAGAAAACUAGAACGACAUUUACCGCUUAUCAAUUGGAAGAAUUAGAAAGAGCAUUCGAACGUGCGCCAUAUCCUGAUGUUUUUGCACGAGAAGAACUUGCUCUAAAACUCGCGUUAUCAGAGUCAAGAGUUCAAGUAUGGUUUCAAAAUCGGCGUGCAAAAUGGCGAAAGAGGGAACCUCCGCGUAAAACCGCUGGUUAUGGCAUGGCUGCUGGUUCAGCAAGCCCUGGUUUAUCAGGAUCAUUUACUUCGCUGAACAAUACUCUUAAUCCAUUCGCCUCGCCGACAACAGCGACAGCACCACCGGAUGCCUGGGCAUAUUCUCCAGCUUACGAUUUGGCACCGCAUCUAAAUCUACUUAGCCCAUCUAACUCUCCAUACUCAACCUCCUUUGGUGGACCGAGCAACAACGGAUCGGCAUACUCGUACGCGACAAUGCUUCCACAACACGAUGCCUCGUUAUUUUCCACACCAUCAGGCAAUACAAUGCGCGUGCACCAAGACUACAUGAAUGCUAGUAACAGUCCACCACCACCUCUAACUCGUAACGACUAUCAGACUAUGGUAACUACCCACUCACCACCCACUCAUCUGACCAAUUCCAUGUCCGAGGAAGAACAUCAACAGAAUAAGCAAUUGGAUUAUGUCAGUGGUCUUAGUCCAGCGGAUAAAUAUCAGCACGAGCAACCUGAUUACACUCAACAACAGCAGCAGCAGCAACAACAACAACAACAAGAUCAAAAACAAGAAUAUGGAAUGCACUCACCACAAGGACGUCAAGGAAUGAAAGAGCAAGUGAUGGUGAAGAGCGAACCAACUAGUCAAAACUAUGUGCAGUUGCCUCCUUUUCUGAACUGACUCGAAACCUCCGGUCUAGAUUUGCUCUAGAACAACUGGUGGUUCCGAUUUGGAAUAAGUUUUCCUUGGCAAAGGAAUAUUAAGUUCAUGAUAAGAUUGUAUCUGAAUGUGCUUGCUGAUUUUCCAUCUUUGAAUUUCUUUUAUUUGAGCUAAAAUGAAAAUAAAAUCGAAGGCUUUGUUUUAAUUAGAGUUAUAAUUUUUUAUUUUAAAAAUAAAAAAAAGUUUUUUGAAUGUUAUUUUUAUUUAUAAAUUUUAUUUGUAUUAAUCGUAAAUGUAUCGAUUCUCUUUAAUACAAUUUUUCAUACUGUAUCAUGUAGAUUUAAACAAUUAAUGAGAUUAAUUGGAAUUAUUCUCUUGGAAAGUUUAAUGUUAAGAAUAUGAUAAUAAUUAAUUUGUUUCAAUAAGAAAAUAAUAAUAAAAAAAAAAAAAACACGUUAUAAUAAAAUACGUUAAUAACACGUUAUAACAAACGAACGUGUAAAAAAAAGAAAAUAUUUUAGAAAAUUAAUUGAAUAAGAGCAUUCCAGUGCCUUAAAAAUAUAGGUUUGAGGUGUGAGUACUUUUGUAUUAUUUGCCCUUUUUUCAAAAUUAUUAAAUAAAAUUGAAUAAGAAGUUUA